AUGGCUAGUAUUGAUGAAAGUCCUGCUGCUAAGAGGUGGCUUCCUCUUGAAGCUAACCCUGAUGUUAUGAAUCAGUUUCUUUGGGGGUUGGGACUUCCACCUGAUGAGGCUGAAUGCUGUGAUGUUUAUGGAUUGGAUGAGGAACUCUUGCAAAUGGUUCCGAAGCCUAGUGAAGCAGAGAGAAUUCAACAAGAAGACAUUAAAACGGUGAGUACAGGGGCAUUUGAUCAUAGGUUGAAUGAUCCAAGCAGUAAAGUUUAUUUCAUGAAACAAACUGUGGGUAAUGCUUGUGGAACAAUAGGACUCCUUCAUGCUGUUGGGAACAUCACUUCAGAGAUCAAGCUCAUCUGGAUUGAGCCAGACAAUGUGAUUACAUGCUCAGCUGACGGAUCAUUCUUGGAUAGAUUUUUCAAAUCCACUGCAAGCAUGGAUCCAUUGGAGCGAGCCAGAUUUCUUGAGAAUGACAAAGAAAUGGAAGAUGCUCAUUCUGUAGCAGCCACAGGCGGUGAUACAGAGGUUGAGUUGGAGAUGGAGAAAGUAGUGGCUGAAAGUAUGGAUUUCACUGGAACGAAGGCUGGGCUUGGGCUUUUAAGAUGUGAAGUUGUAGGUGUGCAUUGUUUCUUCAUGUUUGAAGGGGAAGCUUCAGACAAUGUGGACACUCAUUUUAUCUGCUUCGCAUGUGUUGAUGGAAAACUUUUUGAGCUUGAUGGAAGAAAAUCUGGGCCAAUAGCUCAUGGUGCAUCCUCACCAGGCAGCUUACUACAGGAUGCAGCUAAAGUCAUACAGGGCAUGAUCCAGAAAAAUCCUGAGUCACUCAGCUUUAAUGUAAUUGCAAUUUCAAAGAGAGCUUAA